ACUUUUUCUGCUGUCAACUUAUGCGUGUCUUUCAAGCGCAAUACUGCUGCGUAUCUUCAGUGUGCGACCUUUGCGACUUGGAUACAUCUCAACACCUAAACUACUUUUUUUUUUCUUCUCUCUUCUUUAUCCUUAUCUCUCUUCCUGUGCCCACCCUACCUUACCUUACCUUACCUUACUUUCUUUUGGACCCCUUGUUGUCCUCGACCCUUCAGGACCCUUAGCUCUUUAGAUGUACUAGUCCCAUCCAAUUCUUCAUUUACGCCUUUCUUCACGGUACUCUGUCCGUACUGCCCUUGCCACGGUCCAGCCGUAAUUACACCUUCUCUCCAUUCAUUUUAUCUGGCUGCCUUAGCAGUAGCUGCACACUCAUUUCGAGAGGUACCUUGACCUUUCGUACCUGUCAGUCUCUCAGUCUUCACUUCCAUCGCCUACUUUGGUACUGGGUGCGCGGUCGACCCUGUCUGCCGCACUGCGUUCUCAUCCCACGCGUCGACCACCACCUCAUCUGCAGCAAACUGGUGCAACAAUACGACCUCACCCACCCCCCGAGCCGGCAGACGCGACCUGGACCAGACCGGACCUGGGCAGAUCAGACUAUCAUUAUCCGUACCUAUCCAGUACCUCCCUACGCCCAAGACACCCCUCCGUCUUUCUCGGCCUCCACCAGGAAGCUCCCCUCGUCGAGGUCCGUGGCUCAAACACGACCUUUUCCCACUUUCUCUUUCCUGUCGCAUUUCCCAUAGACGACUCAAAUCUCCCUUCUCAACCCUCGUCUACCUACACAACAAAGGGCCAGACACACUUUCUUCUGCCUGUGUCUCUUUUGUGCUGCCCCUCUUUCUUCACGACACUUCUUGGUGCCCAUGUGCAGCUCGCCCAUGCCCCUUGGCCUGUUCUACAUGUCGCCGCCUUUGCCGCUGCUGCUGUCGCCGCUGCACUCUUCAGCCUUACCCCUGAAAAUCGCAAUCGCCAUCGGUCCGGCCUGCGCAUACUAAGCGACGAAAAACCCCCCCUUCCGAACCACUUUUUGGUUCUCCGUCUGAAUCCACCCGAUUUCGCUCUGCGGCCCCCCGGAUACCAGCCUCGCCAGCAGCUACCUCCGUACAGCUCCGUACAGCUCCCGGCUCCCCUUCCCAGUCGCAGUAGCAGUCGUAGUCGCAGUCGCCGCGCGCACGCUCUCCUCGCCCGCCGACCACCUGCACUGACGUGGACAACGACGACGAAGGCCGCAAACCCUCGUAGCUCGCCAAGUCGACAGGGAGGAUGUCGCUCAAUGGCCUGGACGACCCCAAGGUCAAGGAGGCCCAUGAGGCUGCCGUUGCUGAACCAGGAGGAUGGUUUCUCCUCAAGUAUGCGAGUCGCGAUGACGUUGAACUAUUGGGUCGCGGGAAUGGUGGCAUUGUAGAGAUCCGGAACAACAUCGCCCAAUUCGAAAAUGACAACGAAGACCACUCGCCCUUAUUUGGCUUUCUGAGGUACCGACGCCGGAACGUAAUCAUCAAAUAUCUUCCCGAAGAUUGUUCUCGACUUGUCCAAGCGCGAGUCACUGUCCACUUCAAUGCCGUAUGCGAGCGGUUUGCGCCGUACAAUACCGAUUUCUCGAUAGCUUCCGCGAAGGAGCUCAAGGACACCAAGCUGUCUGCCGCGUGCUCCUUGCACGCUGCAUCUGGAUCAACCUCGUCCUCGACAAGCUCUUUGAGACGGAGACGGUUGAUGGAAAUUGCGGAAGAGGAAGAAGAAGAACAGAGAGCAAGCAAGCGGAAGUCCACGGGUGAUAAUCUGGUUGAAGACGCGACAGAAGAUUUGACAGAAACCCCGAAAUCGCCAAUCGACGGUCCGCCCGUGACGUUGAAUGCCGACCUUGCCAAUUCGCCAGAAGAGAGCAAGUUUUCUGCAUCAUUGGAGCCGCCCGAAUUUGUUGGCGCCAGACCGCCUUCGCCUUCAAAAUCAGUAGACGAGGGACGUCGCAUGUCAUCGCAGUCCCUGCGACCCGAGCUUUAUUCUUCGUCAUCUUAUACCUACGGCAAACCCAGAGUCAAACUUGCCCCACGACCAUCUCUCGACGUUGCCGGCCGUGCUCGCACCGGAACUGCUGCUGUGGGGGCUGCUUUCCGACCAAUUUCGCAGAUGCCCUCUGGCUUCAAGCUAUUUUCCAAGGGUUCCAAAAAGGGAAAGUCCAAGGAAAAUACUCUGGAUCCUGCCGAACCAGCCCACCCCGACGAAACAACCGAAAUCUCCUUGGCCGCCACUUCAAUACCCCUACCCGACGGGGAUCCCAUUUCCCAGGUUGAUGAACCCGUUAGGCCACACACGAGCUCAGGGCGACCCACAACGAGCUCGGGCGCUUCAAUUAAAUCCGCGAUGCCGUCCUUCACCACCCUUUCCGCCAAACAGGUCAUGACGCCUGAAAAGGCGCGUCUGAUGAAGGCCAUGCAACUGAGGGAGAAGAAGAAGAAAAUGAACCAACAAUCCGCCUCCGCCCCUGUUAUCGAUGCCCCUGCUGAGGAGGUCGCCUCCGAAAAGGCUCAGCCUGUCGAACACAUUGAGGAGAUAACCGAGGAGACCCUGGCUGCCGAAGCAGAUGACGACGACGAACGUAAGAGACGACUUUCGGUCUCCAAGGCAGAUUCAGGCAUUGUCGUUGACGCAUCGUCAGUGUCUGUCCACACCGACGUGGCCUCUGAGUUCACUCAGAGUGACUCUCAUCCUGCAUCGCCCAUCAUAGCAUCUUCCGAACCCGACCAGUCGACAAAGGCGUCAUCACUAUCCGAAUCCACCGAAGAGACAGUAAAGGAGCUCGAGGAAGAUAAUCUUGAUGCUGAUAUGGAUAUGGUGGAGGCACACGAGCAAGUCGAGCGGGGGGCGGAGGUUGAGCAAGCUCCUAUUCUUGAAGAGGCUGCAGCCCCUGAAUCGAACGAGCCCAAGGCCGAUACCAGUGAGAAACAGGACGAUACCGAGCCGGUGGUUGAACCCACCCCCACGAUCCAAGAUGUAGUCACCAACUCCCCCGAAACCACCCCAGUCGAUGUUCCCGCCUCCAAGGAAACUCUACCUGCCGAAGAGAACUCGACCGAGGACAAGGAGGAAACCCCCGCUGCCAUACCGCAAGGACUUGAUGUCGAGCAAGCGGAAACCACUGGACUCGCCCAGCCCAUAGAACAACAAAUUGAGACUGAGAAGGUAGCAGUCGAGGCUCAACAGCCCAAAUCGCCCACCUUUAGCUUACCAAUCUCCAAGUUUUCCACGAGCCCAACUCAGGCAAAGGCUCCCGUCGAAUCGACGAAGCCGACUCCGCUGGAUGUCAGCGACACCGUUUCUUUGCCGGCGGAAGUGUCACCCAAAUCGCCGCUAUCUCCUCGCUCGCCUGGACUCAGAGUUCCUCGGUCCAAGUUCUCGACCCAGGAUCUCAAGUCGGCUGCAGCUGUCGAAGUUCCCACCAUCGUGUCGCCUGAAGAACAGGCACCCACAGAGCCACUGCCUACUGCCGUAGAGGAGAACGACAGUGUUGCCGAGGAUACUCCGGUAGCCUCGGAGGCGUCAAAGCGAAGAUCGCUCAUUGAACCGAUCCGGACCGAUCUGGAAGUUACCGAGAAGCGUGCAGACGACAACAUCUCUGACGAUGAGGACUUGCUGGAUGAGCUGCACUCUGCUACAGUUGAGCAAGCACAGCAUAUAACUGUAUCCAAAUCGCCCAUUACCCCAGUGUUUCCCAGCCCGACGAUUCAGAACGCUAGCAGGCCAACGUCGCGCGGGGUUGUUCGCACCAUCUCGAACCCAGUGCGGGGGCUCACGGCUGCAGAUGUGGCUCAAGCCCAAAGCCAGAGAUCAAUCUCAUCUGGUGCAGCCUUUCUACACAAGAUCACGCAGCAACAGGGUAACAAUCACUUGAAGCCAAACCAGCCUAACAAGAUUGGGUCUAGCAUCUCCCAACGUAUCAAGGCUCUGGAAAAAUUGUCUGCUCAUGCACCCGGUGUUGUCGAAGCGGACACAAGCAGUCUGAAGGCUCCGAGGCCAUCCUCAGCGUUCUUCGCCGUUAAGAGGGGAAGCGUGCGGGAUCCGCCAUCUCGUUCCCCUUCGGUUGUCGACAGGACGAGGCCUUCGACACGUGGCGCCAGUCCUGUCCCUCCCACUAUGGCCGAGUCUGUAGAGUCAUCUCCGGAGGCUGCAGGCCGGGGUAGAUCGGGGUCCAUGGCAAACAGGCUCUCAAUGUUUGAGAUGCCUGGCAGCAAUCCGCCCAGGGGCCGCCCAGAAUCCAUCUCCGUUACGGCGCGAAUCAUUCGCGACCCCAGCCAGGCUGGUAAGGCGCCGGAGCCGCCCAAAAACCCUUCCGAAUUCGAACGACUCGAUCUUAAGGUGUCGCCCUUAGUUGUCGAUCAUCAGAAGGCCGAGCUCCCGCUUCCGCCAGCCAAUCUGGCCACAGUGGAACCCUCCAAAGAGACUAUCCAAGAGCGAAGACUGUCAAAGGAGAAGCGCCGCUCUCAGUCGAUUGACCCAAAGGAGGAUGUCGAAGAAGCUCCGAGGCGCUCGUCUCUUAGCAUCAUGAAGGACUUCAUCAAGGACCGCCGCAAGUCACUCACUUCUCCCUCCACAGAGGCGUUGACCGCUCCUCUCCCCAUGUCUCCUGGCUCAAAGUCUCCUUCAAGACCCCCUUCUACUCACGCGAACUCUGGUGGUCACAGCCGCCGUCUCUCGAUCAGCAGUCGUCGAUCUUCCAUUAGCAAGGAGAACGAUUUGAGCGGUGCCAUGUCUCCGUCCAUGUUUACUGAGGGCAGCGGGUCUGGCGACGAUAGCAAAUCCACUGCUAGCGACAAGAAGAAGGGUCGCGCAGGUCGGUUCAUGCGUCGCCUCUCGUCAUCCCUGAGCAGUGCUGGGCGUGGUAAGACCAUGACCCCGACUGCCAUCUCUCCUACAGUUCAGGAGGAGGACGCGUCAGAGGUGGCCCGCCUCCAGCAGCCUACCAUUGAGGCUUUCAUGGGAGAUGUCAAUGUCCAAUUUCCAGACAACUUGUUAUGGAAGCGUCGCAGCAUGUGUCUGGACUCCCAAGGGUUCUUGAUCUUGAGCGCCGUAGCCGCUGGCAACGCCGCCAAGAACAAGCAGCCUACAGGUGCCGGUGUCAAGAGAUACCAUCUCUCGGACUUCCGGGUGCCCUACAUUCCCGACAUGGAAAUCCAGGAGCUGCCUAACAGCAUUUGCCUUGACUUGGUCGAAGGCUCCGGCUUGCAGGUUGCGUGCGAAGAUCGCGCCGGCCAGAUGAACGUUCUGCACAUUCUUCAAGACGCGCAUCAAAGCCACAGUUCCUUCGGGCAGUAAACACAAUGGCGAUACCUAACUACAUUACUUUAUCAAACCUUGGGACAUACUUUUGCCCGCCCUUUUCUAUUAUACCCCAAACUCUUUUCGACUCUUCUCAAGUACCCAUUACCAACACGCCAACCGCCUUUCCUUUUUGUCAACAUACCUUCUUACCAUCGACCCCAACUCGCUCGCAUGGUUCAUUGCCUGCCUUCACAGCUCCAACAUAAAACCAUACACCCAAUACCAAGCGAGAGCAACAAGCGUCCGAAACGGACACACUUGCUCAAGUAACUCACUCGCUACCCACUUCACACGUACCCUCACGCCUUCUAUUAUUAACAGGCAAUAAUUUCAUGGCCAAACGCCUUUUACACUCACCUUUGUGAUUUCCUAAUUUUUGCACUUCGCUUCAGUCAGGAAAUGAUACCACCCCUCAAUCGGGGAUUGUUCAGUUUGGAGAUGCGUCAUUCUUGGAGGAAGGCCCGGCGUGUGACUCAAAGAAAACCUACUCAACGACCGGCGCCGGAGAGACGGGAGAGAAAAAUUCGAAAAAGAGGAUCGCUUUUCUUUUGCAGGAUCCAUUCUUUGAGUCGGCUGGUGCGUUUGACGCCGCCUGUGUGUAGGAGAACUUCUGGACUGUACAUACUACCCACCAUCUCGGCGAAGAACAGCUGGAAGGUUUUAUCUUGAGAUAGACUCGGCCGG